CAGAAACGCCACUGCCUGCACCUCUGCUCUCUUUCUUCCUGCAGCAGCUGCUUCAACACAGGACUCACGAUGAGCAGCAGCUCUCCAUUUGGAUCAGCUACUCCAGCUCAACCCCUCAGAUUCUCUUCAUUGGGAUCAGCUACUCCAUCUCAACCCACCAGUAGCUCUCCAUUUGGAUCAUUUACUCCAGCUAAACCCCCCAGCGGCUUUUCUUUUGGAUCAUCUACUCUAGAUCAACCCCCCAGCGGCUUUUCUUUUGGAUCAUCUACUCUACAUCAACCCACCAGUGGUAUUUCAUUUGGAUCAUCUGCUGCGGCUAAACGCACCAGCAACUCUUCAUUUAGAACAGCUACUCCAGCUAAACCCAAGAGCAGCUCUCCAUUUGGAUUAGCUACUGCAGCUAAACCCACAAGUGUUUUUUCAUUUGGAUCAUCUACCCCAGCUCAACCCAUCACCAGCUCACCAGUGACGGCCUUAGAAGCCCUGAGCAACUGUACAGCUACAACGAGCACAACGUGCAAAAUAAAACCACAGACUUUUACGUUUCCAGCAGUGAACCAGAACGGUGAACUGAAAGACACAGAUUCAAAAGAAGUCUUUGGAUUUGGACAGGCACCAGCACCAGUUGUCAACGCAGUCUCUCCAGCAGUUAAACCCCCUUCGUGGAGGAAUGUGCAGUGGACAGAAGAGCGAAGGAGCAGCCUGAUGAAGGCCGUCGGCUCCUACACACCGGGCAGUGAGGAGGUGACUCAAGCCAGGGUUCUCCUCCUGGGCCCUGUCGGGUCGGGAAAGUCCAGCUUCAUCAGUUCAGUCCAUUCGGUGUUCAACGGACGAGUCACCAACCGGGCCAUGGUGGGCGCCUCCUCCACCAGCUUCACCAAAAAGCUGCAGUCGUUCAACAUCUGUGGUCAGAAAGGUAAGGUGUCGACCAAACUGGUGCUGUGUGAUUCUAUGGGUCUGGGGAAAGGAGAGAUGACCGGACUGACCCUCCACGACAUCCUGUCCGUCAUCAAAGGUCACGUACCUGAGGGACACAAGGUAACAAUCCCAGUGAUGUUUUCACUAGUGUGUAAUGAUCUAAGUUGUACGAAUUGUUGUUUUCUUUACCUGAGAAUGUGCCUUUUAUAUUCAGAUGCUUUAUCAUCGGUCCUCAGCCUGGACCUAUUAAACACCUUUUUAGUUUUUAUGGCAGCUGAAGGUUUCCACAUGUUCUCUUCCAUGUUUGGAAGGAGAGGGCGAGGUGAGGGGUAUUCAGCUGCAAAAUGCAACUUCACCACUAGUGGCACUGAUGUUGAUACAGUGUGUGUGUGUGUGUGUGUAUCAGGUAUCCACCAGGUGGCUCUGCUGACCCAUGUGGAUGAAAUCUGUGCAAGAACAGCCACAGACGUCUCAAUGGUUUACGCCAGCGAAGCAAUAAAAGAGACGAUGAGAAAAGCUGCAGAUCUGAUGGGUAUGUCCACCUCCUACAUCGUCCCGGUGAAGAACUACUCGUCAGAGCUGGACCUGGACGUGAACACCGACGUGCUGCUGCUCAGCGCCGUCGAGCACAUCCUGCAGUACGUGGAUCUGUUCUUCCAGGACAACACACCGCAAGAAACGGAGUCAGAGAAAAUCGAAUUAUAAUCCAAACAUGAAUGUCGUCAAUUUUUAAGUGUGGGGAUUUGAACAACCUUAUAAGAAAGUUGCUUUUGUUUUUCUUACCUUUUUACCGAAUUUAACAGAAAAAUCUUUUAUUCAGAAUCAGAAGUGUGUGAUAUUUUAUUGUCACCUGCAAAUACAGUGUUCUCCACUGUCAUAGAAGUCGUUUAAAAAACUUGCUUCACACACCAAUUUGGUUUGUGUACUAUGAUUUCUUUCAUGUUAUGCUAAUCCAUUCAAUACAAUUAAUCCUGAUAUCUUUGGAUUGGAAUAAUUUAUAAAUUCACUCCUAAAAUAUAAGAUUCUGGUCAUAAUAACAUUAAAUAUCAAUAACAUCAUGGUUUGACUGUUUAUUUGAGAUUGUAGGUGUGAUUGGACUCCUCUCCAGCUGUCGAGCUCAUUAUACAACAGUGAAGUAAAGUCACAAUAAAUAAGCAUAUGUCAAAUUGUGAAUAUUUAAAAAUGAAAAGGGAAAAUGUGAAUAUUACAGAAACUCAACAAAUUGUUAUUCUAGAAAGAACCAGGUUUAUGUACCACCUUAACAUAGACUGGUGAUAAUGUUAUUGUCAUCAUCAUUAUUAACCACUUUUUAAUUUUAACAUUAAGAACAUGAUUGUGUAUCCUAUCAGCAGUCUGACAGAGCGGUUACACAACUGUUACUGGUCUCACUCUUCCAUGUUUCUCCAUUACAGAGCUAGAAGAUGUUCAAGUAUCUGAUUUCAUUUGAACUGAGAAAUUCCAUUUAUUGUUAUAUCACACUUUAUAAAGUACAUCGGGUUUGAAUCUUAAUUCCUUGUGAUGCAGAAUUGCGUUAAAUCCCUCAAUAAAAUCCCCAAAGUGCACCAAUGAA